GGGGGCUCGGCCGGGCCCAGCCCAGCCUCGCGCCCCCGCCUCCCGGAGCUGCCGCCGCCCCGCGGGCACGUGGUGCGGGUGGGGCGCGCUUCCGGAGCGGCCGCGGAGCGUGCGAGACCCUCUGACACGCAGCGAUGGGGAGACCUAGGAAGGAGUCCACUGGCACAUCAUCCCCUCGUCUGGCCACAGCUGCCUCCAAAACCACCCCUGCUGCGCCACCACCUUCCACCUUGGCCACGCGGGCCAAAGCAGCGGCCACAGGCAGCCGAUCCAGGAGCACUCCAGUUGCUGGAGCUGCCGGCCCCAGCCGGGGACGGGGGGUAAAGCCAGCCUCCUCUCAGCCGAGACCUCCAGCAUCCCCCAGAGCCUCAGGAGAUGCUGGGGACCAGCACAGAGCAUCCACCAGGAGCUGCUCUACAACCCAGAAGAAGCCACCUGUUGCCAAAGGAGCUGCUGGUCCAGCCAGACCUGACCCACAUCCACAGAAGCAGCAGCCUGGAGCUGACCCAAGCGGGGCCUGGGGCAGGUUCCUGCCUGCCCUGGAGAGCCAGGACAUCAUGUGGGUGGAGGAGGAGACCCGGGGCCAGUGGAGCAACCCGAAGUGGUACAAGUGGCGGGAGAACCGUAUCACUGCCUCCGUGGCCCCCAGGAUCGCCAAAAGCAAGUUUGCCAAUGGCAAGACAGAUGAGGUGCCCCAGUCCUACCUGAAGGCGGUGGUGAGCUCUGGCCCCAGGGUGCAGACGCCGGCCAUGUCCUGGGGGGUCCGCAAUGAGAAGGCAGCUGUGCAGGUCUACGAGCAGCUGAAGUCGCAGGCGGUGGGCAAGCCGGUGCGAGUGGAGGACUGCGGCCUCUUCAUUCACCGGGAGAAGAAGUGGAUCGCUGCCAGCCCAGAUGGCAUCAUCAAGGAGGCGGCCACAGGGAAGCCCCUAGGGCUGCUGGAGGUGAAGUGUCCCUACAAGCACAGGAACAGGACGGUACGUGAGGCCUGCAAGGACAAGGACUUCUGCCUGGAGGUGGAUGGGGAUUCCUAUGCCCUGAAGAAGGAUCAUGCCUACUUCACCCAAGUCCAGUGCCAGCUGGCGGCUGCUGGCUUCCAGCGGGCCGACUUUGUGGUGCACACCACUAAGGAGACGGCUGUGGUCCCUGUGGAGUUUGAUGACAAGUUUUGGGGGCAGACGGUGCCCAAGCUGGAGAAGUUUUACACUGAGGCGGUGAUUCCUCACCUGGAGAAGAAGGCAGGCAGUUCCAUCUGGGCCAAGGAGGAGUAGACCCCCCCCGCCUUGCUCACCAGGAUGCUCACUUGGCUGUACAAACCCAGCUUUGGCCCUGAGAAUAGAAAUUAUGCCUGGUUUUGCUGCUGUUCUUGGACUACUUGCUGCCUCUGUCCCAGCACACCUGCCUCAGGACUGAGAUGACACACCAGCAGGACUCUGCUUUGGUAAGGGUCCCCUCAAACAGUGACUUCUUCCUGCCCCCAGUGCCUUCUUGCCCUGUCCUAUUCACUGCAUAUCCCAUUUGACCCAACAAAUUGCUUGAUGGAAGCUGGCACACCUCUGUAUCUGCAGGGGAAGCUAGUGAUGCUUCUGCGCUUAAAUAACAGACUUUAUUUUCUUGAGAAAACUGGAUCCUUUGGCACUUUAACUGCUGUCAGAUCUAAAUCAUAGCUCCACUCCAGAGUGGAGACAGAGCCAGGGAAGGUUUGUCAGAUCCCAAGAGCAAAACACAACUUCUGAGCUAAAUCAUGGUGUACCUUAAGAGUUGCAGCAAGGGUGUGUGGGCACCAUCCCCCAGCCAUCAGACCUCCUGCUUCUUUGGAGUAACCCAUGAUGCUCGCAAUGGGUUGGCUGCAGCCUCAGGAAGUUGUGCCUUUUGAAGAGGUUGUCUUCAAGCCUGCACAGCUCCAGAUGGUGUUCCUGUGGAAGCUCCAUGUGUUGCAGCAAGGAGGAAAGUGGGCAUUGCUCUAUUAAAUACAACAUAUACUGGC